GUGGUAGAGUUGCUCUACACAACACGGUUCGAUCGGUUUCUCCCCUCCUCGCCCUCUCGCCCGAUCCCGAUAGAACUCACUGGGGCUUGGUAUCCUCUCGUCCUGCAGCUGCCUCCACCCGAGAGAUCUCCGGCGACCAGACUCCCUACGCUCCUCCGGCCGGUGGAUCGGAUCCAUCCGCCCCCAAACCCCCCACCCCGAGCUUCCGUUUCUCCUCCGCGCCCAACACCCGAGGUUACCGACACCGCCGCCCCGUUCCUCUUAAACUCUGACGCCGCCGGCCGCCCUGCUCCGCCGUUCCUCGUCAACUCCUCUCUUGCCUCUGCGUUCGCCACCACGCACCGAGGCCCAAGUGGAGCAAAUCAACCAGUUGAGAUGGCGACGUUGAGGCCGCUGACUGUGGAGGAUGUGCUGAGGGUGAACGGCAGCCGCCGCUUUGCUGCUGCACUGGCCGCUGCCUCCCCCUUCGAUUCUCUCGCCGACGCACUACUCGCCGCCCGCCGCAUCUGGCUCAACGAGGUAGACGUGACUGGAUGGCUGGAGGCCUUCGCUGCUCACCCGCCCAUUGGAACCACCUCCUCAUCCGUCUCCAAGUGGAGCAAGGAAGAGCAAUCAGCUGCGCUUUCCACAGCCACUGAUUCGACCGCGCAGGAGUUAUCCGAGUGGAAUGCCAAAUACAGGGAGAAGUUUGGGUUUGUGUUCAUGAUAUGCGCGUCUGGGAGGACUGCCCCUGAGGUCUUAGCUGAGCUUAAGAGGCGUUAUGCAAAUAGGCCAAUUGUUGAGCUUGAGGCUGCGGCAGAGGAAGAACUGAAGAUAAGUGAGCUGCGUCUUACAAAGCUUUUCUCAGCAGAAACUGCUGCUCCCCCUACUUCAGGUGAAAAUCAUAUUAGCCAACCGGAUAAAGCUGCAGAUCGGAUGCGGAUUAUUGGUGCACACCUUGGAGCUCUUUCCCAGCUUUCUGCCAAUAAAGCUCCUGAAAUUACAGGUAGCUCCAACCGGACACGCCCUCCUAUCACAACCCAUGUGCUGGACACGGCUCUUGGAUCGCCAGCAGCUGGAAUUGAAGUUCACCUGGAGAUGUGGAAGGACGCGUCAAGUACCCCGGCAUUUGACAACAAAGAAUUCAAGGGAUGGACAACCCUAGGCACUUCGGUCACAAACAAUGAUGGACGCAGCGGUCAGCUGAUGGAUAUCGUUGACAAUGUCGCUCCUGGUUUCUAUCGCAUAAGUUUCAAUACCUCCAAGUAUGCACCAUCAGGGUUCUUCCCUUACGUGAGCAUCAUAUUUGAGAUAAAAAGAAGCCAGACGACCGAGCAUUUCCAUGUUCCUCUUUUGCAUUCUCCCUUUUCCUUUACCACUUACCGUGGCAGCUAAGGUGUCGAUUUGUGUGUAAAUCACAUUGAGUGAUGGUGGUGUUCUGAAACAAGCAUAAAUGGUCGUAAAUCAGGGUGUUUAGUUGGCACUGACAUUGUGAUACUUGAAUAAUGUUGUUCCGUGUAAUGGGAAGCUUGAUUAUGCAGUGGCAUUGGAGCAGUUUGUUUAAAUACUUUUA